UGAUAGUGCAGUGUGAACACGUGUCAUAGUCAAGUGUAGUGGAAUGUGAAACAUUAAUUUUUUAUAAAAUGCGGCGUAUUUUUCCUGUAAAAUUCAUUUUCCGUAUAUUAGUUGCCACAGUCUUAUUGCUCUUUCUAUGCUUAUCAUCAAGUAUGUUGAAAAAAUCAACCCAUAACAUAUUUAAUGAUUAUACGAGAAGCAUAGAAAGUGACGAAGAAAAUAAACAACUAGAACCUGAAAAAAGAGCCGGAGGAUUAAAAUAUAUUUUGCAAUGGACGUCUGCUAAAAAUGUCCCAUUCGUAUAUAUGGGCGUCGGCAGGCAGGGUUACAUUGACAGAAACUGUACUUAUACAAAUUGCUAUAUAACGUCUGAUAGAUCGUAUCUAGGUGGAGUGGAAAAGUUCGACGUAAUAGCAUUUGCAGGGCCUGAGGUUAUUCACUACAGCAAAGGAAUGUUGCCCAACAAAAGAUCCCCACACCAGAAAUAUGCAUUUGCUAGUAUCGAGUCUUCCCAUUACUACCCAGUGUGUUCGGAUCAUCUUAACGAUUUUUUCAAUUGGACUUGGACUUUCAAGACCAACUCCGACUCUAGGUGGGGCUAUAUGGCUAUACGUGAUGAAGACAGUAAACUUAUAGGACCUAAUGCUAUAAUGCAUUGGAAAAAACUUGAAGAUAUGAAGCCAGUGAGUAGUGAAUUUAAAGAAAAAUUGAAAAGUAAAAAAAAAGCAGCCGCUUGGUUUGUAUCAAUUUGUUUUUCGAAGAGCCAAAGAGAGAUUUUUGUGAAAGAACUGUCAAAAGAACUGGAGAAAUAUAACUUGGUUGUUGAUGUUUACGGUGCUUGUGGUUCGCUUAAAUGUUCAACAAGAGAUCAUGGAGAGUGUUUAAAGAUGGUAGAGAGGGACUACUACUUUUAUUUAUCAUUUGAGAAUUCAUUUUGUGAAGAUUAUGUUACUGAAAAGCUAUUGCAUGCAUUACAACACAACACAGUGCCAGUGGUAUUUGGAGCAGCUAAUUAUACGAGGUUUAUGCCAGAUGGAAUAUAUUUAAACGCGAGAGAAUUAGGUGUUCAAAAAUUGGCUGAGAAAAUGAAUGAAUUGAUAAAAAGUCCGGAUGAGUAUGUAGAUUACUUUAGAUGGCAAAAUCAUUAUUCUUACCACUCGAGAGCUGAUAGUAUAGAAACUGAUGAUUAUUGCGGUUUCUGUACAAUGCUUAAUGAUGAAGAAUUAGUCAAGAAAGAAUCUAGGUAUUUGGACAUGAAAAAAUGGUGGAAUCCGCCGAAUCAAUGUUGAAAAAAUAAUGAAACAACCGAUUGCCAUCGAAUAUGUAGAAUGAACAAUUAAUGGAAUAACAACAUUAAUGUGAUUUUUAAUUUAAUUACUUAAUUCAGUUUUAUUUGUGACCAUUUUUAAUUAACAAUUAAGAAAACGAAUUAUAUUAAAUUAAUUCUUAAUUUAUUGAUACUCGAGUUCAAGGCUUAAAUUAUUAAUAAAAAGACGAAGUUUCUCAGCAGAUAAUUCUCAGUGACAUGAUAUAAAAUUUCAAAUCUAAUACGAAAUAACGAAAGAUUUAUUAAAUAAAAAAAAAAAUCUUAUACCGUCAUUUUCAUUUUACAAUUAUAUUGGCACGGCUGAGGCACUUAAACGAGUAAUCAUUAUUGAAAAUAGCUGAUACUUUAACUCUGCUGGCUUGAUGUUAACCAAACAUAGACAAAAACCACCGGAAAUGUUUUUCGGUCGAUCCGAUUUAGAGUUACAGUGCCACAUACCGAAAUCCAGGUCAGACUUGUGACACGCCACUUUAUUUAUGGGGAUGAAAAAAGACAAUUUGGAUAACGAUGUAAAAAAAUAAAUUAAUUAAAUGUUGGUUUAAGACCGAACACAAUCAACAUAUUCAACAAUAUCAACAUUCAACUGUUUAUUUCUGAAAUUGUCUACAUGACCUCAUAUAAGUUACAAGCAUUAUAUAUUACUUUUAAAAAGCCACUUCAUGUCAUGUAAAUAAAACAGUUAUAAUUUGUAACGUACGCGCUACAUAUUAUAAAAUAAAUGAACAUCGCCGGGGCAACAUCGUUGUAUGGAUAAAAUAUCAUAUAACGAGUGACGCCGCUGACUCCGCGGAACAAACACCAAGCCGUGUGAACCAGAAGAUUCCUGAUACCGCACAAACUAUGGAAUGGCAUUGCUAUCCUAACAUCGGGGCAAUCAUGUAGUCUUAGGAGUAGGUUAUAAGUUUUAAUAUAUAACAUUUAUUAUAAUAUAGAUAUAAUUAGUUUUCGUAGUUUUCCUGUAACCUCUGGUUGCCACUCUAUAUAAUUAACUUAAUGAGGCAUCCUCAUAGUUUAUGGUAUAAAUAAACAAUGUUUUUUCUUAUCAUAACAUUUUUAUCGUAUUUCGAUAUAAAAUUAUAAUCUCAUAACUUUUCGCCUAAAAUAGUGUAGAAAUUUCAACACUUUCUGCAUAUUUUUGUACAAUUCGUUCUACGUUUUUCUUUUUUUUUUCUGUAUUAUUUCAAUGUAUUGUUGUUUUUUAGUGAGCGAACUCCAAACUGGGAAAAUUGUUGAAACCUUUGUAAAUAUUAAAUAGGUUAUGAAUUUUUAUCAUAAUUCAAUUUGUUGCUAUCGAGUUUUAUUGGAUGUACUCCUAUAUGUGAACAUAUUUUAAAUAAAAAAUAUGCAAUUUAUUUUAUAUAGUCGAACCGGUCGUAUUUCGGUUAGCUCUACUGGAGCAAUAGUAUCCGUCUUCCAAAGAGAAUAUUACUGUGAAAAGACUUAGAUAUUUAGAAAUAGUGUUGUAGGAGGAAAGCUCUUGACUUACCGUGAGAAACUUAUUGUUCCAUUAUUUCUGUCUCAAUCUCAUCAAACUUAAUCAAUCUUAGGCUCCACUUACAUUUCAAUUUGUGAUGGCAUACUCACUACUAGGCAUAUUUACGAUUAUGUUAACCAACCGCACUUUUUUUGAAAAACAAUUAAGAGUCUUAUUAAAAAUAUUAAUUAUAAAUUAAAUUCAUUUUUCCAUGACAUUCGCUAGUUAUAAAUCCAAAAAAAGUAAUCAGUUUCAACGGUUCAGUAACCUUGUGUGGAUAAAAUAUAAGAUAACAUGUGACAUAACUCCCUCCUACUUAUCCUUUCCUUACCGUAAGAUCUAAAUAUCUCCCGUACUUUAACACAAAUAUUAUAUCUUUGCUGUCAAACCAAACCAAAAUCCAACUUAGCACAUAGGGUUGAGCGCAGGACAUAACUUUUAGUAGUACAAUGUAUUAUUAUAAUAUACGUUUAUGCAAGUAUAUGUUGUUUUUUUACAGCCCCAUGUCCAGAAGAACUACAUUUCUUGACAGUGUUCACACCUACGUAACACCAAUCUUUGUUUACAAGCCAUAAAAUUAUUAGAUGAAUGAAAGAACAUUUUCUAUGUUAAUUUUGUUUGGACCAUGUUCGUCGAAUCGAAACUAAUUCAAGACAAUCUAAAGAGAUGCUAAGCAAUAAUAAUUUUAAUAUAAGGAUUUUAUUAAAACGUGUCACUGAAUAUUAUAAUGAGGCUGGUAGAUACUUGAUAAAUAUUUACAUAAUUGUUUUAUUUAUUACAAUAAUAUAAGGCAGUCAAAUAUAUGAUAUGAUAAGGUAUGAUAAAUAUGUAAGUAAACGUGGAUAAGGUAAUAAUGAAUUAGUUUAAGACAUAAUGAUAUGUGAAGAAGACCUGAUACAAUAUAUGGGUCAAAACUGGAGGUUGGAAAGAUUAUUCGUUUUUCUUAUAAUUCAAAUUGUAUAACGUAAACAAUAGUAUGAUUAUAAGACCAGCUAUUUUUCUUUCUUAUGUACAAUCAUACAUCACAAUAGCUUCUUAAGUACAAUAGGAUAAGUACACACUAGUUGAGUCUAAUUUGCUUCCGUGUAAGUGAUUUAUUCAAAUAAUAAAUUAAAAUUAUUGCAGUA